GCAGACUCAACCAUUAUAUUUACCAACCAGUAUCUCCCUAGCUGAUGAGAGGAAAGGGUGGUAGUGUUACGUAUCCACAUCAAAUGUAACACGGUUCUUAGACAGAUGUGAGACCUUUGUGUGAGGAAGAGAAGUGUGGAACUGGAAAAGUGGAUAUUGGAGUGAAUGCUGAGCAGCCCCAUUGAUUUCACGAAAGUCUUGUACUGGACUGAGUUAUGAAAUUUGAGCGGAAAAAAGGUUACAUACAUACAACGCCUUCCACCCAGCAGGUGUUGUGUCUGCCCUCCUGAAGUGACAGCACCACAUUUACACCCCGACCGCACCCUAGAAGAUACAAAAACUUCGAAACAAAGGAUAAGAACGGGUGUAUCAGUGCUCAUCCUCCAGCAAGAAAACUAGACAAUAUGCAGGGCGUAUGAUGAAUCUGAGCGAGUUUCUAUCUAGAGACAUGAGCUGAACGGAGAAAAUACCCGUGUUGGCAGAGAGUGGAGAAAUCUUGUACUGGACCUGUGUACCUAACUUUCCUGUCUGUCACACCCAAGCUCUCCUUUGGUGCUGUGGCGGUGGUGGUGGAGGAAAGAACCGCCUCUUAAUUGGAGUCAGAAAUCUUUCCCCACCCUCAGCCAAGACGCCUCUUCCUAUGACCAAGCUUCCCCAGGCCCCGAAAAUGGGCGUGGGGGUGCAUGAAGUGGUGGAGAUGUAUGCCACCAGUUUGUGUGAUACGGAACCCAUCGCCAAGAAGAACGGAAAUGUGCUGUCACUUGCCAGUAUUGCCAACCCUUCCCUGAACGCAAACCUUCCACUUCCCGUAGCCUUCACUCCCUCUCCUUCCAAGGAAUCAGUGGUGUCUUCCAGCACAGGGCAGCAGGACUUCAAGAGGAGACUGUCAGAGAUUGCCCAAGACGCCUCCCCACAGCCUCUCAGUCCUGCCUUAGAAGACCCUCCCUCCUCGCCUUCUCCAGAUCUCAGCACCAGCAGGAAGGAGAUCAGCAAGAGGGCACGUGUGGAGAGAUCACCCUCACCAGACAGUGACACUGACAGUAAAAGCAAAGAAUCCUACACUUCCAGAAGAAAGAGGUUCCUGAGGACAGCAGAGGCUCUGCGGCAGUCUGGGCUCCUGGACAUCACCAUGAAGACUGCAGAUCUCCUCAGGAAGAAUCAGCAGCUGCAGCGGGAGAUUGAGGACCUGCAGAGGCAAACUAAGAAAUUUGUACUGUCUGUUCUCUCCAAUCCUGAGAACAGCCACAUUCUUGAAAACAUCCGGUCUGGAGCACAAUUAUAUGAGGUUGUGGUGCCAGGGUCCCAGGGCAUCAUGUCUGUUUCAACACAACAAACAGACGUGAACAUGAAUGUGGAGACGAGCCAGACAGAGGUUGAAGAUGAAGAAGAUGAUUCCUUAAUCUCGGCAGUACCUCAGAUUAAUCCCUUCUCAGCCACAGUGGAGGCAGACAGUGGUCUCAGUAACCCCUCACCGCAAAGUAACUUUUCCAAUUCCCCAGCUUCCUCUGUCAGUAGCUUCUCCAAUGACACCUCUUCUCUCUCUGAGGACGAUAGUUCAUCUGAAGAGGAGAACUUAUCCUCUCCGAAGCUUAUCUCAGCUAAGAGUGACAGGAAGCCUUGCUAGUUCUUUACCUGUUUUUGUUAUUUUGGUAAGAGUGUGGAAGGUACUUUAUUUUAUUUUACUUUGUUUUCUUAAGAAUACUCGUUAUUAUUAUUUGGUGACAAUGGCUUUUAUUUAGUAUGAGAAAGGAGAUAGGGAGUGAAACAAGUGCUGUGUUCCUCUCAUUGGCACUUCAGUGUCAAUGAACUUUAUUUUAGUUGCCAUGUGAUGACAAAUGAAAAUUGCAGUUGUAACUAAAAUUCAAGAAGUUGCAAGAUGUAGAUUUUCUUAUAGUGUUUCAAAAUUGAUAAUACAAACAUUGUGAAAUAUGUGCAUUGUAUACAAAUCUUCAACAAACACUAUACAUAUAUAUCUACAUGAAAUCUUUAUGGCACAAAUUUAUUGUGUUUGGUGUUGAUCAUUGUGUUGCUCUGAAUCCCAAAUGCUCAGACUUAAAAGAUACACAACAGAAAAAGGAAGAGUGAAAUAGUAAGCAGUGAAACUGGAUGUGUCUCAUGGUGGCAUUUUGGACUCUCGGCAUCACUUGGAUCCACACAUACAGGAAAGCUGUUCACAUCUAUGGCUAUGCUACUAAGCCUGCCACUGUGGAAAGGAGGGAUGUCAAGUGUUUUACUAUUAUGAAUUGUGAUAUGUGUGUUUAUUUUUAUACUAUUUAAAUUAUUUACUGGAUGCAAGGAACGAUGAGCAAUAUAAACCCUCCAUUGUUAAGUGGUGGCUGGAUACAGUGUGUCUUGGUCAUGCCCACCACCACAGAGGAGGAACUCGUGAGGUGGGAUGCUGAUGAGGCGUCAAUGGCCACUCUUUGGUACAGUCGUGGUCAGAAGCCAUGUAACACUGCACUCCAUUUCUCUGUAUUUAGAGUUCCUCUCAAACUUGUUCUCUAAUCUGCUGAGAAUCCAUCAGAUGUGACAUUUUGUAAAGGGACUAUCUGGAGAUUAGAGGAUGUAAGAUGGAUAGGAAAUACAACUUACAGCGGAAGUGAGUGCAGAAAGUUAUUUGACCCCUGAUGACACCUGUACUGUAAUGCUUGGCACAAGCCCCCACUGAGUGCUGAGCUGUGCUGUAAUCUGCCCAGUUCUUAGCUUCAUUUCAUUCCAGUUGCAAAUCAAGGUUAAGGCAGCCAACCUUCUCUCAGACCCUUGGCAGCUCUUGUCUUUUUUUUUUUUUUUUUUUUUUUUUUUUUUUUUUUUUUUUUAAGCAAGCCUUAUUUAUUUACUUUUGUUCUGCUGAACAUGAACUACUUAGGGAAUCAUUCACUUCUUGUAUAAGUUGAAAUGUAGAAACAUUUAAUCUACGGCCCUGUGUUCUUGAAAAUAUAUCUGACAUUGGCUCUAAUGGGCUCUACUUUUAAAAGUUUUCAUUGUUUUAAUGAAGAUUUGAAUAAAAAAAAUGGACAAGUUUUAAAUCAGACUUACAUAUCUGAGUUGAAUGUUAAGAUAGAGUCCCAUGUAGUUCAGUCUGAUAAUAUAUAAACAUACUGAUGAUGUUAAAUUUCAAAAGAGGUACAAUUCUUCUGUGAUACCAAUCUCCUAUCUAAACCCAAAGAUUUGAUGCUCCAAAUUUAAGUAUUUAUAAACCUCCAAGGGAAGGUCUGCAGGGUUUGUCCUGUCUCUGGUGUUCUGAUCUGCAGCUUGAGGAUGACGAGUGAGAUUCUAGAAUUAGUUUUUUAUGUGUGAUUCUCACUUAUAGGUGACUGUAGCUUUAUUAGGUAUUUUAGCUGAGUGGGGCUGCAAGACAGACCCUGGUAGGGGAAUGUGGCUUUCCUUGCUGUCUAUGCCAUCACCAAGCAGUCUUGAGUAUUGGUUCUCAGUGGAUGUUAGUUUGCCCUGAUGGAGUAAUUGCCAUUUCAGUGAUAAUGGGACUCCUUAUGCAACUGUAAAAGACUGCUGUCCACACUUUCCCUCCCUAUGGUGCACCAUGGGCAAUGAACACUGGUGUCAGAUGAUGGCCGACACUGAGAACCUUAGUCUUGAGUCCCUGCUUUCUUGUCUUGUCAUGGCUGCAGCUCACCAGUGCUCUCAACUUACUGUAAAUAUGAUGAACUCUUACUGUUCGCUGGUGAAGCAUUGCCUGACCAAAUCUCACUUUAUACAGAUGGAAAGGAGCUGUAUUCUUUUUAUUUCCUCUAAGUUAGUCACUCAUGUGGCUUUGAUAUGAAUAUGCUGGACAUGUCAUAGCAGCACUUUUUUUUUUUAUGUGUGUGUGUGUGUGUGUGUGUGUGUGUGUGUGUGUGUGUGUGUGUGUGUGUGUGUGUGUGUGUGUGUGUGUGUGUGUCUUUUUUUUACACAUUUGUAUUGCAUUAUUGUACUACGCAAGAUUUCAUUCAUUUUUACAUGCAUAAAAAUAUGCUGUUUCUUCCUUGAAUCAACCUCUCACAAGUUUUUACACAUUUAUGCAUACAAGCAAAAGUCAUGUAUAUUUCGUAUACAGUUAGCACACAAGGGUUGAAUUUCAAGAACGUGUUUCAGUGUUUGGUUCAGUACAACUGUUGUUGUUGCCUUUUCUCAUUGGUACCCUAACCAUUUAUGAAUUGUGUUAGACAUGAACUACAUCCACAAGCUUGCCUUUAUGCUUCAUUAAGACAAACACCUGAAAUUGAGUCACUUACAAAUUACCCAUAACCCCGCAAGGUUUGUCCACUUUACGUAUUUAUUAGUUUCAUGGUCUGUUUGUCUAACAAACCAGGCCAAUGUCACCACAAAGGGCACCUUAGUUUCAUACUUAUGAAUUACUUCAAGCAGUUUUUUUGACAUCUACAUUAAGCUUUCUUUUCUUUUAUUCUGCUUUACAUGUUUUUUUUUUUUUUUUUUUUACUCCUGUAAUUUCCAAACAACUUCCCUUUUUAUUUUUAUUUAUUUAUUUUUUAUUUAUUUUUUUUUUAGUGUGCUCUCCCAUUUGACAAAAUGUUGCAUCCUUUCCAAAAUCUUGGUGCAAAUUUUAUUCAGUGAAAUCACAUACCCAUCUCCAAGGUUGUCUCCUACACAUUGUCUCUUAAAUAUACUGAUGAUUUUAAAGUUUACUUGAAUUGCAUCUUAUGUGUAAGUCAUUUUGCUGUCCUAGCACAAUGAGGAGCCAAAGUGAUGGUCUCAUUCUGCUUUCAAGCAAAAUUGUACUUUUUUUGUAUCUUAAAUAAUAGCAUAAAAUUGUGAUGGAUUUGGAAAGUGUAUCUUUAAUGUCUUUUGCACAUUCAUAAGAUUACAUUCAUAAGAUAUUUAUAUAACAAGCUGGGAUCUCUGCUGAAGAGAAGUACCCAAGACAAAGUAUCAUGUUUUUUUCUCACUUUAUAAGUAAAAAUGCAAAGAAGAGUCUUAAUUUAUAUAACAAGCAAAGCCAGAAUUUGUUUGGAAACAGUUUGAGCAUCAAGCUUGGUCUUGUUCACCCUAUAACCCCUUUGCUGUCAUCACCCAUGUAGGAACUCUUUGGUGUGUGGGCUUGAGGUGUGUUCAUGUCAAACACACUCGGUGCAGACGGUCUUUUGGUGCUAAAUGCGUGCUAGUGUCGGGUGCAAUGCCUGAACUCUCUUAUUUAAUACCUCCACAAACUUGGAGUGUUUCCUCAAGGAUUUUAUAUUUUUUAUAUGGUUCUCAUGGUUCUCAUGAUGUGACUUGCCUCCUAAAGCCCUUUGAGAAAUGUCACCCUACUUGUAAUGCGACGUGUGUUCCUUGUAAUUAUUUGGUAUAAUCUGCUUCAAAAUAUGUCCUUGUUAUAUAAUGAAUGUAUUUGUAAAUCCAUAUUUUCACAAUAGGAAUUACCAGCAGCUAGCUAGUUAGGUUGUUGGCUAGGGAAGGCAGUGAAUUUCCUCCCAUAUUAACUAUUUCUGAAGAUGCAUGUUGAAAUGUAUAAUAAUUUCUGAUGUAACAGUGACUUAGUUACUUGUAAUAUGAAUGUCUUGGUGACUGCUUCAUUCUGGUCUUCACAGAGUGCUUCUCUUCAUUCUCACACUUUCUGCAAUAAAAGGCCUCUUUGAACACUGUGUGAACCUGUAAUGUGGCAUAUGUGGUGUGUGUGUGUGUGUGUGUGUGUGUGUGUGUGUGUGUGUGUGUGUGUGUGUGUGUGUGUGUGUGUGUGUGUGUGUGUGUGUGUGUGUGUGUAGGGAAAGAUUACAUGUUGCAUUCCUCAGAGCAAUUCUUUUGCUUUCUCCUUUUUGGUCAGUGGAAUCUGUUUCUUGAAUUUGGACUAUCUGCCUGACUCAAGUCUGCAGAAUGUGGAGAGAGAGAGAGAGACAGAGAGAACUUCAGAGUGAGUCAUGUUACCAAGUCCUUAAUUAUCUGAGUAACUGAAUGCAAGGUAAUCUAUUAUUCCAUUACCACUUGCUCGUCUUCAUUGAACUACAUGGAAGGAAUCAAUCAAACAUACACAUUGUUGGUUAAUGCUCCUGUUUUCCUUACAUGAAAGUGUUGGCAUUGAGUGAUUGGUGAAGUAGCAAUAAUGUGGAUUGUUGUGUCAAAAGGUAUAUACAUAUUUAUGGUCUCAGGAAACUAUUUAUUAUUAUUAUUAUUAUUAUUAUUAUUAUUAUUAUUAUUAUUAUUAUUAUUAUUAUUAUUAUUAUUAUUAUUAUUGUACUACUUAUAUUUGCUGUACUAUUGAAGUUCUUGGAACUUUUUUCCAGCUUUCUGCAAUAUUCCAUCUCUAUCAUCUUUUACAACCUGUUGGGAAUACAGAGAUUUGUUUUGAAUGUGUGUGUGUGUGUGUGUGUGUGUGUGUGUGUGUGUGUGUGUGUGUGUGUGUGUGUGUGUGUGUGUGUGAGGUGACUUAAGUGGAUCAUUGUUCAGAGCUAAGUAACAAUCAUCCAAGAACUUCAUGUAUUACAAGAAUUUUCAUAAUUUCUGUCAUGUCUUUUUCUUUUCUGUGUCUAAUAUUUGAUGUUCAGGAAAAGAGGAGCUGAAUAGAAAUUGUCAUUAUCAUUAUUACUAUUAUUACCAUUGCUAUUUUAUCAUUAUCAUGUAUUUGCUCUUGUCGUAAAUCUGAAAAAACAAAAAACAAAUAGGAGAAAACAGAGGUACAGUAAUCAUAGCAAAAGUACGCAUACAAUAUGAAAUUGGUGUGAAACUGUACAAGGAAGCAUAGUGAAAGUGACGUGUUUAUUUUCCAGUACAUGUAAGAGAAAGGGUCCUUAAUUUAUUGUGUGAGGCGUCAUCACUGCAUUAGUGAGAUGUGUAAGUGGUACACACCUUGGUUACCGGUACAAAUAGUGUGUUGUAAUUAUUGUCAGAUAUUCUAGCUGUCCAUCUUCUCCUUUUUGUAGAAUAAACUGACCUGAUUAUUCUCA